AUGACCAGGCUCAACCGCUCCUUCAGGAGGUCGGCAUGGCACAUCGUCACAUACAGCUGGAUCAACGUCCUGCUGGUAUUCGUGCCCGUCGGCAUCGGGGCCGCCUACUCUGGCGUCGUCCACGGCGGCGUCGUCUUCGCCCUCAACUGCCUUGCCCUCGUGCCGCUGUCGGCCCUGCUGGCUCAUGCUACCGAGACGGUGUCGAGCGGCAUGGGCGAUGCGCUGGGGGCGUUGAUGAACGUGACCUUUGGGAAUGCCGUCGAGUUGGUCCUAUUAUGUGAAGAUGCUGACGCUGAGAGGCAGAACAAGAUCAGAAUCGUCCAGGCCUCCCUGCUGGGAAGCAUCCUGGCCAAUCUGCUGCUGAUCCUAGGCAUGUGCUUUCUGCUCGGCGGAUUGCGAUACCAGGAGCAGCUCUACAAUCCCACCAUAACACAGAUGAGCGCCUGUCUGCUCAGCCUGAGCGUCAUCAGCCUCGUACUUCCGACCACCUUCCACGCCGCCUUCAGAGAUAACAAGCAUGCCGAAGAGCAAUCGCUCAAGAUCAGCCGAGGAACCAGCGUUAUCCUCCUCGUCGUCUACGCCAUCUUCGUCUUCUUCCAGCUCAAGUCCCACGCCCACCUGUACGAGUCGAUGCCCCGGCACAUCGUCGACGCCGAAGCAACCCCCGGACCGGCAGCCACCUGGCUCGACCCCCAGCAGCAGCAGCAGCAGCAGCAGCAGAAGAAGAAGAAGGAGAAGGAGAAGAAGAAGAAGAAGAAGAACCGUUCCAGCUCCGCCUCGGACUCGGACUCGGACUCGGACUCCUCUGACCCGGACUCGGAUUCUUGCCGCUGCUCCGACACGGACUGCCCCGCCAGCUCGCGCGACGACAACGACCUCGGCCGACGAGUGAGGAGGGGCUCUAGAUCUGCCAGGGGCAGGAGGCCCGGCUCCUCGUCAGGGAGCGGGGCCGGAGAUGCCAGCAGGUCGCGCAGCUCCUCCGUCACGGUGACGAACACCCGACCUGCGACGCGCGAGGGCGGCCGAGUCGAGGGGGAUGGAAGUGACCCGUGGGCCACGUGGAGGCGGUUGAGCAGGACGGACAGGAAGAAGAGGAGAAAGGAUGAGAGACGGCGGCGCAGACCAUGCCGCGGCCGCCGCGACCGUGGAAAGGGCCGGGCAGAGGACAUACCGGAUCUGGAGCUACCGCCUCCGCAGAAGGAUUCGCUCGGCACCAGCCCUGUCCAGCUGGGGAGGCUGCACCCCUUCCACGACUGCGAAGGGCAGGGCGUCCCCGGGCCCUCGUCCUCACGCAUGAUCCCGCUCCGGAGGCUACGCGGCUUCACGCCGGCAUCGUUCCUCACCACGUCCAAAUCCGACGGCGCCCUGGGCGACGACACUCCGCGGCUGCACGGCGGCGAAGAAGAAGAAGAGUCCAGGCAGUUUCCCCGGCGGCCACUACCGCUGACGCUGACGCUGACGCGGCACUCGCACCCCGCGGCCAGCCCGGUCCUCCCGGCCCCCCGAUCGUCGGCGAUCGUCCGCCCCAACCGGCUGUCGGCUAGGACCAUGGUCGGCGGGGCGGCGACGCUGCAGGGGUACGUGAAGGAAGAGACGCCAGAGGAGAAGCUGGGACGGCCCGCGGCCCUGGCGCUCAUCGCCGUGGCGACGGUGCUGGUGGUGCUGUGCGCCGAGUCGCUGGUGUCGUCGAUCGAGGAGGUGACGCGCGCGACGUCGAUGGGUGAGACCUUUGUCGGGCUCAUCAUCCUGCCCAUCGUGGGCAACGCGGCCGAGCACAUCACGUCCAUCGCGGUGGCGAUGCGGAACAAGAUGGACCUGGCCAUCGGCGUGUCCAUCGGGAGCUCCAUCCAGAUAUCCCUGCUCGUCACGCCGCUCGUAGUCAUCCUCGGCUGGGCCCUCGGCAGGGACAUGUCGCUGUACUUUCCCCUCUUCGAGACAAUGUGCCUCUUCCUCUCGGCCUUCAUCGUCAACUUCCUCGUCCUCGACGGGAGGAGCAACUACAUGGAGGGGGCUCUGCUGUGCGCCGUGUACCUCAUCAUCGGCGUCGUCGCCUUCUUCUACCCGGAGGGCGAAGAUGCGAAUGAGUGGGAGGGGGGUGGGGGGGUUACCCAGACCGUUGAGACGGUCAAGAUGUUGCUGUCUAGAUGA